UGAUAAUUCUGUCAAACAGUCUGGGCAAAGUGCUUCCAGUUUUUUAUUCGAGUAUUUACUCGACAAACUGCAGUUAAACAACCAACAAGCUAGUUCUACUGUCGUGUCAGAAAUCAGAGUUUUUUCGCAAAAUAUCACCAUUGGCUAAUGUUACAGAGUUGGUAUUUUUACACCACAAACACGUAUUACUAAAUUCUGGUGCAUUGAACAAGCCAACGUUUAAAAAUGUCAGUAUAGCUGCUAGUCGUAUCUUAUAGAAUUAUUCGUAAAAACAGAUCCAUGUAUCGGGUGAUUCCAUUUUUCUAAAUUGUCGCCAAACAAAAUUGCCAAAAAUGAGAAAAAUGAAUUUGUCAUUCGCCGGCUGUGGUUUCAUGGGAAUUUAUCACGUUGGUGUGGCGGCGUGUUUAAGGAAAUAUGCUCCAGAUUUGUACCUGAAAAAGGUAUCAGGAGCGUCUGCUGGGGCCAUCGCUGCCGCGUGUCUUUUGUGUGAUGCACCAUUAGGUAAGAAGAUUAAUAAAAAUAAAUAAUCUUUCCCAUUAUUACUAUUUUUAAAUAUUGCACUUUACCCUGGAUGGAAGAUGAUAUUGACUAAUUCUGACAAAGAAGUGAAGAAGAAUUAUGCCAGUGAAAUAACGAGUCAUGUUCUUCAGGUCGCUAUGCAAGCUCGUAGCCGGAUGCUAGGACCUUUUAGUCCUUCAUUUGAUAUUCAUAAUCUUCUUAGAAAUGGACUUCAAAAGAAUCUUCCUGACGAUGCUCAUCUAAGAGUGAACGGCAAGAUUCAUAUUUCUGUGACACGGGUGUAUGAUGGUAAAAAUGUCAUUCUGAAGCACUUCGAGACCAAAGACGAAUUAAUUCAGGCCAUAGCGUGCAGCUGCUUCAUUCCUUUUUUCUCCGGUAUGAUUCCUCCAAAGUUUCGCGGCGUUCGUUACAUGGAUGGUGGCCUAAGCGACAAUCUUCUAGUUCUUGACGAACACACCAUAACUGUGUCUCCGUUCUGCGGGGAAUCAGACAUUUGCCCCCGUGAUAAAGAUACGUCAAGAUUAAUCCACGUCGUGUUCGCUAACACAAGUAUUGAACUCUCUCGGACUAAUUUGUACCGACUGGCACAUAUCAUGUUUCCGCCCAAACCGGAGACUCUAUCUAAGAUUUGUCAGCAAGGCUUCGACGACGCUCGCGUGUUUCUUCAACAGAAUAACUUGGUUGUGUGCUACCAAUGCGUCUCGACGCACAAACCAGCAGUCACUAGCAGUGUCGUUACAGAUAUCGAUUGCCUUGAAUGCGAAUCGCAAAAGAAGAUGGUUGUAAUCGACCGUCUGCCAGAGACCGUGAGUCUAACGUUGCAGAAUGCCAUCACUGAAGCUAAUCAAGGAGUGAUGAACUGGAUUUUCCGACACCGAGGAAUGCGACUACUGUCUAUUUUAAGCCUACCCUAUGUCUUGCCGGUUGAUGUGGUGUAUGCCACAUUUCUGAAAUUUGCCGAUAGUGCUCCAACCAUGUCUACAGUAGGAACCAAUUUAAAAGGAGUCGCUGAUUCUUUUGUGGCUUUCUUUUUUAGUUUAAUCAUGGAGGCGAUUAAAAAGCGAGCGUCUUGCAGUACGCGGCUUUCCUGUCAACUAGCUGUCACUGAGUUUUCGCCAGAUGUGAGUUUAUCUUCAGUCGACAGUAAAGAACCAGCUGUCAAGAAUCACGUCAACUUUGGGUUCACUUUUAAUCUCGAGUCAAGUCAUGAAAGCCAAUACUCAUCUACCCCAUUCUUUAGCGACGAUUCAUUUGAUGAAAUUUUAGCGUUAACAGCCAGACAUGAUGCCCUGAUGGCACAUUAUUUUCUUGACGAAAAAAAUCAGGUGGAUCCUGUACUUUUCCCCAACGAUUAUGCGUCACUGUUACACUUCCUGCCCGGGGGUCCAUGCCCGUAAUCUGCGAAUGACGGAGACAUAUUUCAUCAUACGAGGAUCUGAAUUUUAUUCACAUCUGAGUAAAUAUUGGUAUGACGUACAUUCCGUGAAUAAAGUUUGGAACGCAUUAAAUCUACUAGAAAGGAAAAAAUCUUCUCUACCCCUUCAUCCUAAAUUUUUAAAACCAAUUCAGAAUGUCUUUUGUUGUUUAAUUACUUGACUUUCUCUUAAACAUAUUUAUAAAUAAAAUAUUUCGUAGUCAGCAA